CGGCCUAGGCCUCGGGCUGGGACUUGGCGUGCCCCGCGUCCGGGCCCAGGCUCCGCGGGCUCGGAAGGGCAGGACGGCGGCGGGAGCGGGCGGCGGGCGGCGCGAGGCUCGAGGCGGAGCCAGUUUCCCGCUCGCGCGCGCGCUCGGGCCGCCCGCCUUGCUGGGAAUUGCUGCCCUUUUCCGGCUUUGCUGUAGCCGGGCCUUUGGGGUCCCUCCUGCUGCAGGGGCGUUGCGGCUUUUCUCUGUCCUGGCCAGGAGGCGAGCAGAGCGUUCUGUUGACGGUCCUCCGGACCGAAGUGUGCGAAAGGCUUCCGGAAAUGCCGCGCCAGGAGCCCGUACCGGCGGCCGAGGCCUGGCGGCCCGGCCUGGCUCAGAAUAGGUUCCUCCCGCUUGCUGGCUGUUUGAGAAAACGCGAAUUAUUGGCGGUCUUGUCUGUAAAAUGGAUACUGCUUGAUUUGAGCCUAGGCCCACCACAGUGCUUGCCGCUCAGACUUCAGUAAUAACCAUUGUCCCAGUUGUGUCCAGUUUGAGAGGAAUGGGAGAUGUCAGGCUGGGUUUCUAGUAUUGUAAACCCAUGGAUCUAAUUCUUAAAUGGUUUACAAAAUAUUGGAUCCAUAAGUCACACAAGCGUUUUUUCCUUUUUUUUUUUUUUUUUUUCGUAGUUCAAAGUUAUCUAGCGACUUUUCUUCCCCAAAUUACUGUUGUCCAAAAAUGUUUUCAUUCUGUGUUCUUUCAACUGUGUGAAUAAUUUUUUCCCUAGAUGCAGCUUCGGGCUAUUUAGCUUUUACUCAAAUGCUUGUUAAGGGUGUGCUUGCUUCAAAAUUGGUGCCAUUUGCCAUUUUGUUUCCUGUUGAUACCCAUUUGUUUCCUAAGCAUCCAGUCUGUGCGAAUUAAACCGUUUUUUAAAAAUCUGCUUCAAUCUCACAAUUGACUAUCAACACUGCUAUAGUAUAUAUGCAUCGAUUUUACAUGAUUCAGUCUUUUACACAGUUUCAUCGAACGUCUGUAGCUCCAGCAGCCUUGUUUCUAGCUGCUAAAGUGGAAGAGCAGCCAAAAAAAUUGGAGCAUGUCAUCAAAGUAGCACAUACUUGUCUUCAUCCUCAGGAGUCACUUCCUGACACCCGGAGUGAGGCUUACUUGCAACAAGUUCAAGAUCUGGUGAUUUUAGAAAGCAUAAUUUUGCAGACUUUAGGAUUUGAACUAACAAUUGAUCACCCGCAUACACAUGUGGUAAAGUGUACCCAACUUGUUCGAGCAAGCAAGGACUUAGCACAGACGUCUUAUUUCAUGGCAACCAACAGCCUCCAUUUGACCACAUUUAGCCUGCAGUACACACCUCCUGUGGUGGCCUGUGUCUGCAUCCAUCUGGCUUGCAAGUGGUCCAACUGGGAGAUCCCAGUCUCCACCGAUGGAAAGCACUGGUGGGAGUAUGUUGACGCCACAGUGACCUUGGAACUUUUAGAUGAACUGACCCAUGAAUUUCUACAGAUUCUGGAGAAGACUCCCAACAGGCUCAAACGAAUUUGGAAUUGGAGGGCAUGUCAGCCUACCAAGAAAACAAAAGCAGAUGACCGGGGAGCAGAUGAAAAUACUUCAGAGCAGACAAUCCUCAAUAUGAUCUCCCAGAGCUCUUCAGACUCAACGAUAGCAGGCUUAAUGAGCAUGUCAACUACUUCUGCCACCAGCGCGGUGCCUUCCCUUCCUGUCUCUGGAGAGCCCUCAGGCAGCUUAGCCGGUGUGGAGAUGUUGCAGAGUGAGCGCUGGCUCUCCCAACCUCCUGGUAAACUAGAAUCUGCUCAGGGUCAUCGGACUAGUGAGAAUUUAGCACUUAUGGGAAUUGAUCAUUCCUUGAAACAAGAUGGCUCAAAUGCGUUUAUGUCCCAAAAGCAGAGUAGUAAGACUGUGCCGUCAGCUAAAGUAUCAUUGAAAGAAUACCGUGCAAAGCACGCAGAAGAACUGGCUGCCCAGAAGAGGCAGCUGGAGAACAUGGAGGCCAAUGUGAAGUCACAGUAUGCGUAUGCUGCCCAGAACCUUCUGUCUCACCAUGACAGCCAUUCUUCCGUCAUUCUUAAAAUGCCCCUAAAGGGUACAGAGAACCCGGAACAUCCUUUUCUGGAAAAGACUGACAAAACAGCUCUCAAAAUGAGACUCCCAGCAGCUGGAGAUAAAGCUGCCUCUUCAAAACAAGAUGAGAUAAAAAUGCGCAUUAAGGUCCAUGCUCCAGCUGAUAAGCACAGUUCUGUAGAGGACAGUGUUGCCAAGGGCAGAGAACACAAAGAAAAGCACAAGAUUCACCCAUCCAACCAUCACCACCACCAUAAUCACCAUUCACAUAAGCACUCUCACUCCCAGCUUCCUGCUGGUCCUGGGAACAAACGUCCAGGGGAUCCAAAACACAGCAGCAGCCAGGCAAGCACCUUGACACACAAAGCCUAUAGCUUGUCUAGUUCUUUCUCCUCCUCUAGUUCUACUCGUAAGAGGCCCCCCCCUGAAGAGACUGGAGUGACGGUGUUUGAUCAUCCAGCCAAGAUUGCCAAGAGUACUAAAUCCUCUCUAAAUUACUCCUUCCCCCCUCUUCCUACAAUGGCCCAGUUACCUGGGCAUAGCUCAGACACAAGUGGCCUUCCCUUUUCACAGCCCAGCUGUAAAACUCGGGUUCCUCACCUGAAACUGGAUAAAGGCCCCACUGGGGCCAACGGUCACAGCACAACUCAGUCCAUAGACUAUCAGGAUACUGUGAAUAUGCUCCACUCCCUGCUCAGUGCCCAAGGAGUCCAGCCUACUCAGCCUCCUGCAUUUGAAUUUGUCCACUCGUAUAGUGAGUAUCUGAACCCUCGGGCUAGUGGCAUUGCCUCCAGACCAGGCACUACAGACAAACCCCGGCCACCACCUCUGCCAUCAGAGCCACCUCCACCACUUCCACCUCUUCCUAAAUAGAAGAGACGAAGAAGAGAAAAAAAUCUUCUCUAAAAAGUAAUUUUUUUUUUUUUUUUGACUACUGAUAGUGGACUAGAGUUACUUCCCUAAUGAAAUGUCACCCUUCUUGGACUAGAGAAUACAGUGAUACUGAAACAUAGUGGGAGGGUGGUGGAGGGCCUUGGUUGUUAUAUGUGCUGCCUGAUACAUUGAACUAUUAUAGUUUUUACUGGUAUUACAAAGGUGGGGAUGAUGAAGCUGUGAAGGACAAAGAACACGUGCUCUAGUCUUGGCCUCUCCGCCUCCUAAUUAGGUUGAUUGGAAUAGUUAUCUUCCCUCUUCUUUCGAGAACUGAAACAUGGGGGCUUAUCAAAGAAUUGUGCAUUCUUUUGAUGUUUAAUAUAGCAGAAGAGAGGAAGUAUUUAAACGUCAAAAUCUUUUAAGAGACUUUUUAAAAAUAAUUUAAUGAAAGUAAGUUAUCUGUUUAGUUUUUUUAUAUAAGUGGGAAGGGGACAGGGAUUAUGCUGUGCGUAUGAGACUCAUA